AUGAAGUUCGGCUCAACACUCGUGGCCGCGAUCGCUGCUGUAGCGGGAGCCGCUGCAAAAGACUACGGCGGAGUGCCAGGCCAACCCAUCCAAAAGAGCGGAAAGGGAGCUGUCAUCUCUGGUGGCACCAACCCCCAGCUUGAUCUCCAGAACCCAAGCAACAUUAAUGGCCAGCCCACCAGUGACAACGGUCUUGUUCAAAACCUCAAAUGGAGCUUCUCGCUCUCCAAGACCCGUAUGUUCUAUGGCGGCUGGAUUCGUGAGCAGGUUAUCCAGGAUCUGCCUGCCAGCCACGAUAUUGCAGGCGCCCAAGUCCACCUAACUAAAGGCGGAAUCCGACAGAUGCAUUGGCACAGAGUUGCUGAAUGGGGUUACGUCUACGCUGGCGCCAUCUUGGUAUUUGCUGUCUCUGAGGAUGGGCGGUACCAGAUCGACAAGCUCACCCCCGGUGAUAUUUACUACUUCCCCAAGGGAGCUGCGCACUCUUUCCAAGGUCUUGAGGAUGAGAACGAGGUUCUCGUCGCCUUCGAUGACGGUGACUUCGACCGCCACGGAACCACUUUCCAGAUUGCCGACUGGGUCUCCCACACCCCUAAGGAGGUAUUGGCUAAGAAUUUCAAUAUCCCAAUCGGCACCUUCGAUAAGACCGAUAAACAUGAUUUUGAUAUUCUUAAUUCUACCACUACCACCCGCAACGUUACUGGCCCCAAUGGCCCUCUUAUGGGCAAUAGCUCUUAUACCUUCCAUAUUCACAAUGCUCUAGAAGUUCCAAUCCCUGGGGGCGGCGGCACUAUCCAAAUAGUUGACUCCAAGAACUUUCCUAUCUCCAAGACCAUCGCCUGUGCCGUUGUCCGUCUCAAGCCUGGUGCCUUACGCGAGCUUCACUGGCAUCCAACCGCUGAGGAAUGGCUCUACUUCCAUAGCGGAAAGGCCCGCGCCACUGUCUACAUUGGUGGCGGCCUAUCCCGUACCUUCGACUUUACCGCCGGGGAUACCGGUGUCUUCCCAGAUAACUCUGGUCAUUACAUCGAGAACAUCUCUAAGGAUGAAGAACUCGUCUACCUUGAACUCUACAAGGCCGACCGAGUUGCCGAUGUCUCCCUCUCCCAAUGGCUCGCCCUUACUCCACACGACAUUGCUGCCGCCGCUAUUAAUGUUCCGAUCGAGGUCAUUGACCAGAUAAAGAAGGAGAAACAAUUUAUUAUCGCGUAA